UAAACAUCAGUCGAAGCAAGCACAAUUAAAGCUAAAAAUAAUGCUAAAAUAUUUCAUUUUAUUAAGUGUUCUAGUUCAGACUCUUGUGGCUGCACCAACAACAAAUGCACCUCUAUUAAAUGAUGAGUUGCAAAAAGAAUUGGUGGCAGAGGCUCGAAAUGAGACAAUCAACCUAUUAAAUUCUCUAUUUCGUGCACAAAUUUCUUACUUUAGUCAAGUUGGAGCCAAAUUGAAUCCACAAAUGAAGAGAGCCCAGGAUAUACAACUCUAUGUAACCCGUCUAAAUGAGGCUAUUGCUGUCAAUGAACUAGAGAAAAAGGAUGAAAUGUGGCUGAGUAUAUUUGAGGAGUUUAGUAAAUCACCAUUAUUAGUGAACCGUGAGGCCGAGACGGGUCUUAGCAAUGUUGAAUAUCAAGCCCUGUUGACUGAUGAUAAAUUACAACAGAUAACCAAAAGUUUUCUCACCGAUGUAUCUAGCUAUUUUUGGAAAAUGGCCAAGGUUAGUGGGAAAGUUGUGGGUAAAGCAUUUGAUGAUUAUAUCGAAAGAGAAAAGCAACAUGCAAAUGCAUUGACCAAAAACUAAUUGAUAUAUAAUUAUCCAUAACCGAAAUAAAAAAAACCAUUUAUAAAA